AUGAGCUCCUCACCAUCUGCACAAUUCCCUGUAUGGGAGCUCCCCGAAGUGAUUCUGUAUCACAUUGUAGGCUAUGUGGCACCACCAACGCACCGUGCUGGAAUCUUGUGUCAUAGAGUGGCUCCCUUGUGCAAGGCCGCACACCGAGUAGUCUUUGAAGAAGCACGCAGCGUGGCGUUGUGGGAUGCCGUCCUGGCGGGGGAUUAUCAAGUUGAUACGGCGCAAUCAGACAAGCGCAAGGGGACACGUUCCUGCAAGCGCUUGAAACGAAGUCCAUGUCAAAAGGUCCGGGAUGCCCAUCGACACGUCAUUGACAAUACCGAAUUUGCCUACUAUUAUCUCUCCGAACUGGCACACAAGAGUGGAAAAGCAGCACUCACAUCACCAAAACUACGGGGAAUUCUCGACGAAUAUGGUCCUCAGUUACGCAUCAAUCAUCGUGUGUCCUCGGGAGGAGCCUUUCUGGUGGAAGUUUGUCGAGCACGCCAUGUCAAAGAGGCUGUGAUUCUCAAAUCCCUCCAAGAGUUGGUCGAACAUCGGGGCGCCAACGUCAACACGAAUACAUUUGAGGCCCAAAACAGCAACUUGACCGGACUAUGUGUGGCCGCGGUCCGGGGAAUGCCCACGGUCGUCAAGUAUCUGCUGGGAAAGGGGGCAUCCACCACCGCCAACAACGCAGGGAGAUUCCGAUUGGUAACCAACUCCAGGAAAUCAUUGCGGUGUGCCAAUGUUACGGCUCUGGGGUUUGCACAAGCCAUGCGUCAGGCAGAAAUUGACAAUGGUGCCUGUGAGGGAGAAUUGAAAAAUCUCAACAAGUGCAUUGAACUCUUGACAGAGCAACAACAAACACAACAACAACAAGCCGAAGUGGCAACUUGAAGAACGGGAACUUUUUUUGCUGCAGUAGGGCGGACAAGGUUGGUGUUUCGGCGAGAGAUUUCUGCGAGGGCUCCACCCAAAUGCUCCUUAUGAAUACGGGCUGCUAUUAGUAUUUGAUAGUCACUCUGGUAGUGAAAACACCAAAUUGUUUUUACAUAUUAUAUCAAUCAAAACUAUACUCUGAGUAGGUCAUUUGGCUAUUCAAGCUACCCAUGUUUAUGUUUGCAACAUGUGUUGGUCGAAUCUUGACAGCAAUGCUGCAAGUGCCAUUGUGCAUGGGUAGCCACUUUGAUGGACAUAAUUGAGGCAUUCCAAAUUGCCAUAACAUACAGCAUAAAUGCAAGAAUUUGAUUCCAUAGAUAAACGAUUUCCAAAAGACACGUUC